GCGCGAGACCGGGGAAACUUCAGGAGUUCUGAUUGGUUGUGUGGUCGUAAGCGGUUACCGCCCCCCUCAAACCCCACCUGAACAAGACUUGAUAUCGCGAGAAAGGUUAUUAUAAGGAAGUGAGAUAACAGAGGAAACUUUUCUUAAAGACGUCGUAGUUUUGUCCACUUUUAAAGAGAUCACUUGCUUGAUUGUGAAAGCGGAGAGUUGGAGAGUCACCACGCCUUGUUCCAGCUGUGCAUUCCUCCAGCUGUGCAUUCCUCCAGCUGUGCCCGUGUGUGUAUGAUGAGUGUGCUCGCGGUUUGUCGCCGUGGCUUUGUAACGCGUUUGGUCAGGCGAAGCUGUUAUGCAUUUAACCCGGAGAGCAGAACCCAAUGGCUCCAGUCUCACAGAUUCAAAACAACAAGCCCGAAAAACUUCACCGAUUAUCACAGUCUGAUGCACUUCCCCAAAACACCAGUCCCUCCACUCUUCAACUUCGCUAAAGAUGUGCUGGACCACUGGGAAUCCGUGGAAAAGGCUGGUGGGAAGUCGUCUCAGCCCGCUCUAUGGUGGGUUAAUGAUAGAAAUGAAGAGAUCAGAUGGAGUUUUGAAGAGUUGGGCUUCUACUCCAAACAGCUAGCUAAUGUUUUGACUGAUAAAUGCAAUUUGAAAAGGGGAGAUCGAGUCCUUCUUGUCCUGCCCAGAGUCCCAGAGUGGUGGCUGGUCAAUAUCGCCUGCCUCAGAACAGGUACAGUUCUGAUCCCUGGAACAUCCCAGCAUACAGCCAGAGACAUCCUGCAUCGUUUGCAGGUCUCCCAAGCAAAGUGUCUGAUCACAGAUCAAAGUAUGGCACCACUAAUAGAGGCUGUGACUCCACAGUGUCCCACACUGACCUCUAAACUUCUGCUUUCCAACAAAGAGCGACCAGGAUGGGGCAACCUUGCAGCAUUAAUAAAGAGUGCUUCUGCAGAACAUGUAUGUGUGAACACGAGAAGUGAUGAACCAAUGACCAUCUUCUUCACCAGUGGAACCACUGGAUCUCCCAAAAUGACAGUUCACAGCCACUGUAGCUACGGCCUGGGUCUUACCAUCAAUGGCAGGUACUGGUUAGAUCUUACUGAUGGUGAUGUGUUUUGGAACACCUCGGAUACAGGCUGGGCUAAAUCUGCAUGGAGCAGUGUGUUUGCUCCAUGGACUCAGGGAGCGUGUGUGUUUGCACACCAUAUGCCACGCUUCGAUUCUAAAACUGUCCUCAAGACUCUCUGCAGGUAUCCCAUCAGUACUUUCUGCACUGCUCCAACAGCUUAUCGAAUGUUAGUACACGAGGAUCCUUCCAGGUUCCAAUUUCAGGCUCUGGAGCACUGCCUGUGUGCUGGAGAGCCCAUUAACCCUGAGGUGAUAAGUAAAUGGAGAGAGAUCACAGGCCUUGAUAUCUACGAGGGAUAUGGCCAGACUGAGACUGUUUUAAUUGCUGGAACAUUUAAAGGUAUGGAAAUCAGACCUGGCUCUUUUGGCAAAGCAUCACCAGCUUAUGAUGUGCAGGUUGUGAAUGAGGAAGGAACUAUUGUUGCUCCGGGAACAGAAGGAAAUCUGGCUAUCAGAGUGAAACCAGAAAGACCGUUCUCUCUCUUCACUGAGUACUUGGUAUCUACUUUCUGUUCUGUCUUGACAGGGGGUUUCUACCUCACCGGUGAUAGAGGGGUAAUGGACCAGGACGGAUAUCUGUGGUUUGUUGGCAGAGCUGAUGAUGUCAUACUGUCUGCAGGAUAUCGUAUUGGCCCAUUUGAGGUGGAAAAUGCUUUAAUAGAACAUGAGGCUGUGGCCGAGUCAGCUGUGGUCAGCAGUCCUGACCCAGUCAGAGGAGAGGUAGUGAAGGCAUUUGUUGUACUUACUUCAGAAUAUAAAAACAGAGACCAAAAUGAACUAAUCAGGCAACUGCAGGCACAUGUGAAGAAAGUCACGGCUCCGUAUAAAUACCCUCGCAAGAUUGAGUUUGUGGACCAGCUUCCCAAGACAGUGAGUGGCAAAAUCCGGCGAGUGGAACUGAGGAAGAAGGAAUGGGGACUGUCAUAACCACUAUAACUGCACUCUGGUGUUAUUCAUCAGCACCAUUUACACUUAAUAUAAUACAUACUCCAAAUAUUUACACUUAAAAUACAGGACAUAUAAAUCUGAAUUGAAAACUAGUAAAAAUUCAACAUCAUUUUAAAUGUACGUAUAAGAAUUUAUACAUUUUUCUAAACUAAGAAAGGAACUGGAAAUCUGUGUAUAUGGACCUCAUUUAUAAUGUAUUGAUUGUGUUUUUUCUUUGUUAAUUAAGCUUCAAUAAUUCCUUUAUACUGGUCAGGGGUGCAUGAGAGUCACAACCUUUGUUUUUAGGAUGUUAGAGAAAGCUGAAGACCCUGAAUGAGACCAACACACAGACAGUAACUGAAACUAUUACAUGCUGCACCCUGUGCUACGAUUUUUAUUCUAUAGUCACAUUUUCCCAAGUGAAUUAACGUUAUAAGUGACUAAACAGGCUUUCUGUUUUAUUCUGGUUUUUGGUAAAUACCCACUAUACUAUUCUACAAAUGUGUAGAUAAAUUCCCUAUGAAUACAUUUAUUUUAGUUUGUCCUAAUAACCAGUAUAGGGCUGAGGUUGAAACUCACAGUAAGGAAUAUUAAUUUACAUAAUCCACAGGUACCUCACACACCUCACACUGAGUUACAUGCAGGAAGAGGCUGUUUAUUAUCUGACUAGUUGAAUCAUAGUAGGGAAAUGGCUGUGCAGACCAGGGGGAACCUACAAGGUUUGUAGUGGGGAAAAAUUGAUGUAAUCCAAAAUAUUUUUGUUUUUGGUUCCUAUGCAAACUGUCCUGAAGGGAACACAGUCUUUCAAACAAGUGAAGAAUGAAAUAAUCACAACAGGAAUUCUUUUGUGAGACUUUUUUUUAGGUACUGAACAGUAAUGUUUGAUUAGUUAUGAAUGUCUCCCUCUACCGGCAGUCAUUGCAACUAGAAAUAUGUUUUGAGCUCAGGUUUAUAUAUGUAGCUGUAUAAUGAUUAUAAAAGAUCUUUGAUAGUUUAUAGAUUCUAAGUCAAAAAGGUUAUUAAAAAAUCCUCAUUAAAUCCUUAUCCAGUGGCUACUUGUUAAUAUAGGCCUGAACUAUUUUCGACACGUGAUUUUGUGCUUGAAUGUAAAAGCGUUCCUAAUAAAGUUGCCAUCAAGUGUAUACA